UUUCUAUCACUGCAGCAUCAGCAGAGAGGAGAGGGCACAAUCAAUUUGAUAGAGAGGAGGAAGAAAAGGGAGGAAGAACUGAAGAUAAGAGAAAGAAAGGUGGAAGCGGGGAGUCGCCCAGAGGAAAAGAAUAAUCCUAGAGGCCAUCUUUAAAAACCUGUGGAGAGGAAGCCAGCAGGAGGGUGUGGACCUGAGCAAUCAAGGGAGGGAAGAAGUAAAUAAAGAAGAAGAAGAAGAAGAAGAAACCAAACGGAAGAAAACGACCCCCGGCAUAAUCAGGCGGGAGGCAGGACCAGUAGAGGAGUGACAGAAAGAGAGAGCGAGAAAGCCGCACGCUUAGCACGAGUGUGUGCAAGGUCUCCCCUCCGCGUGUGUGUGUGUGUUACGGGUGUGUGAGCAGGUGGUACUUGGAUGGGACAGUGAGCAAUGCCUCACACGCAGCGACAGCAGGUUGGCAGCAGGGGGAGGAGCGCCGCUCUUCACCUCCCACUCUUCCCUCUUCUCCUCCUCCUAUCCUUCGCUCCCCGGCUCUGCCAAGCAGCCAUACACAUCCCCUCCGACUACCACAUGAGUGAACUUAAGAAACCUCCAGUGAUCACGGUCCAACCAGAAUCCAUCACAGUGUUUGGGGCUGAGGACAUCGGCCUGACCUGCGACGCCACCGGGAAUCCCACACCCACUUUCAGAUGGACUAAAGACGGGGAAGAGUUUUUUGCGUCCGACAACCCGGAACUCUCCGUCUCAAAGGGCUCUGGAACGUUCUCCUCUAACGGUGUGGGGAUUGGCCCCAUGAAGCAGUACCAGGGCAAAUACACCUGCUACGCCUCCAACGAGCUGGGCACUGCUGUCUCUAAAGAGGUCUCGCUGAUGACCGACCACGCCCCCUCCCUGCAGAAGGAGCAGAAAGUGAGCAGGAAGAAGGUCGAGGAGGGUGAGAGCACAGUGCUGAAGUGCAACCCUCCUACCAGCACCCUGGAGCCCGUCAUACACUGGAUGGACAAACGGCUACGUCACCUCCAGCUGAGUGAGCGUGUGACGGUGGGGAAGGAUGGGAACCUGUACUUCUCCCACGUGACCUCAGAGGACAGCAGGGAAGACUACACCUGCAACGUCCAGUACCUGGCGGCUCGCACCAUCCUGCCCAAGGAGCCAAUCACGCUCACCGUCCUCACCUCUAACUCAGUGGUGCGGAACCGAAGGCCCCAGAUGAUGAGACCGACGGACACACACAGCACUUACCACGCCCUCCGGGGCCAAACCUUGGAGCUGGAGUGCAUCGUCCAGGGCCUCCCCACUCCGUCUGUCCAGUGGGUGAGGAAGGAUGGUCAGCUGUCUGAGUCUCGGACCACCAGGGACAUGUUUGACCGGCGUCUGCGCUUCACUCACAUAGCAGAGAGUGAUGGCGGAGAGUACCAGUGUAUAGCCAACAACUCGCAGGGGAAAGUCAAACACACCUACACCGUCUCUGUGGAAGCGGCUCCAUACUGGACCAGGGAGCCCGUGAGUCAGCUGUAUGCCCCCGGAGAGACAGUCAAGCUGGACUGUCAGGCGGACGCGAUCCCCUCUCCAGUCCUCUCCUGGAGCAUCAAUGGGAUACCCUUCUCAAGCACAGACCCAGACCCCAGGCGCAGUGUGCGUGAUGGAGCUCUGAUCUUGAAGGAUGUCACCUUUAGUGACACGGCUGUGUAUCAGUGUCGGGCUCACAACAAACAUGGAACCAUCCUCACCAACACCAACGUCUAUGUCAUUGAGCUGCCCCCCCAGAUCCUGACAGGGGAGGGGAUUUCCUACAGGGUGAUCCAGGGUCAGAGGGCAGAGCUGGACUGUCAGACAUUCGGCUCUCCCAGACCCAAAGUCUCAUGGGAGAGUGACAGCGCCCCCACCCUGCUGGCUGACCCCAGGAUUAACCUGCUGACCAACGGAACGCUGCAGAUCAACAACGUCUCCCACAGCGACGCCACCCUGUACACCUGCUCUGUUGCCAACAGCAACCAGUCCAUCGACGCUCAGCUGGAGGUGUUGAACCAGACUGUGAUCCUGUCGCGGCCGUUGGCUCUCAAGGUGAAGCCUGGGGACACAGCCACCUUCACCUGCCUGGCCCAGGUGGACCCCAAACUUGACCCCCCUCAAAUCCAAUGGAGGAGGAGCGGACAGAAGAUCUUCCAAUCAUACGCUGAAGACAAGUACACGUUCGAGGGCAAUGACCUCAUCGUGGCCAACGUUCAGCCGGGUGACGAGGGGGUGUACACCUGUGAGGUCCAUACCCAGCUGGACAUGGCCGAGGCCAGCGGCUCCAUCACCAUCGUCGACCGCCCGGACCCCCCUACCCAGCUCCAGCUCCAGGCUUCUGACCCCAAGGACCGCAACGUGAUUCUACGCUGGACCCCAGGAGAUGAACACAACAGCCCUGUGCUGGACUAUGUGGUGCAGUUCCAGCAGCAGGGCUCCAAGCCACAUGCCUGGGAGGAGCUAAAGAUUGUGGGCGGGACCAAGGAGAGCGCCGACCUCACCCUGCAGCCCUACGUGUCCUACCGCUUCCGGGUCACAGCCAUCAACGCCAUCGGGACGUCGGACCAUAGCGCUCCCUCGGAACUCCACAGCACCCCGGCAGAAGCUCCAGACAACAACCCUGAGGAUGUGAGGAGCGAGUCCACUGACCCAGACUCCCUGAUCAUCAUGUGGAAGGAAAUGGAUGGGCGGAGCUUCAAUGGGCCUGACUUCCAGUACAAGGUGAUGUGGAGGAGGGUUGUGGGCAGUGGGCCGACCUGGCACUUCAACUACACCAUGGCUCCACCCUUCAUCGUCAGCGACGUGGGCAACUUCACUGCCUUUGAGAUCAAAGUGCAGGCCAUCAACCAGGAAGGGGAGGGGCCUGAGGCCGACCCUGUCAUUGGCUACUCAGGAGAGGAUGUUCCUCAGGAGGCUCCAAUGGACGUGGGUGUGGUGAUACUCAACAGCACAGCCAUCCGUGUGACGUGGGCGGCGGUGGACCGGGAGACUGUGAGGGGACAGCUUCUGGGAUACAAGAUCCACCUCACCAGGUACGGCUCUAGGGUGCACCACCGAGGCAGGAGGGCAAGGGAGGGCGAGACCACCGUGGUGCUGACCGUUGGCGCCAACGAGGAGAAACUGGUGAUCGGGGGCCUCUUGCCCUUCUCCCACUAUGCCCUGACCGCUACCGUGUUCAACAGCAAGGGCGAAGGCCCACCGUCCGAGACCCUGUCCUUCCAGACCGAUGAGGGAGCACCCAGCCCCCCCAUGUCACUCAACCUGGACAGUCCAGGGGAGACCGUGAUGACCCUCCAGUGGACCCCCCCUGCCCACCCCAACGGAAUCCUCCUGGGCUACCUUCUCCAAUACCAACAGAUAGUGGAGAGUGACGACAGCCCCAUGCAGGUGGUGACCAUAGACGACCACAAGGCCACAUCCCUGACCCUGAAGGACCUGGACCGCCACAGCAGUUAUCGCUUCUACCUGAGGGGGCGCACCUCCGCCGGGGACGGGAAGCCCAUCAUCAGGGAGGGCGCCACCACCCUGGAUGGAGCUCCUCCAGCCAACAUCACCCUGUCAGUAGGAGACCAGUCAGUCAACCUCAGCUGGACAGCCAGGGAGAGACACAGGAGCGUCUCCUUCCAAAUCUACUACCUCAGCAAGACCGGCGGUGGUAGAUGGAAGAAGUCAGAGAAGGUGAACUCGUCCCAGUCCUUCUACCAGCUGCAGGGUCUGAUCCCAGGGUCUCAGUACCGUCUGAAGUUUACAUUCGGCAACAACACCUUCUGGGAUACCGAGAUCCAGACAGAGAGUGCAGGAGUGACAGAUCUUCAUACAGGCUUUGCCACUCAGGGCUGGUUCAUCGCGCUUGUGAGCGCCAUUGUUCUGCUCCUGCUGAUCCUGCUGAUCCUCUGCUUCAUCAAGAGGAGCAAAGGGGGGAAAUACUCAGUCAAAGAUAAAGAGGAGGGUCAAGUUGACUCCGAGGCACGCCCAAUGAAGGAUGAGACGUUUGGAGAGUACAGAUCUCUAGAAAGCGACAACGAGGAGAAGCGGACGGCCAGUCAGCCGUCCCUGUGCGAGGACAGCAAGCUGUGCACCAGCGAGGACAACCUGGGCGAGUACAACGGCAGCAGCGCCAUCACUGAGGUCAACCUGGACGAGUCCCUGGUCAGCCAGUACAGCCGGACAGCCCCCAGCGAGGGCCCCGAGGCCAGCCUGGUGCCGGACAGCUCCCCCCUCAACCCCACCACCCUCACCCCCACCGCACCCGCCAGCAAUGGUCUUCCCAACUCGGCGGCCGUCUUAGAUUAAACAAGUUCACAAGGGGAUCGGAAGUCAGCAAUCCAUGUCAACAGUUAAGAUAGGUGCCCAUAACACACACACACACACACACACACAUACACACACACCUCUCUUCAUGAUUGAUUUUGCAAAUCAAUAGGUUGACGGAGCAAUCCGUGGAUCGGCUGAUGACAGGAUUAGUACAAUGACAAUUCAGAGACGUCAGGUGCUCAGUCUUGCUAUCUGAUAGACCGGAGUGUAAGAUGACCAAAGGGAGUGUGAGAAGUAGAUGACCUGACUGACGCAAAACACACACACACACACACCGCCAACCUAAUGAUGUCCUCAGUCUCUUCUCUAUGUAGUUUACAACUUACCUGACAAACAGCCAUCUCUCCUCUUCUUUCUCUCUCUCUCUGUUUCUCUCUGAUUAUGGUAUAUGGUACAAGAGUUUGAGAGACAGAGAUGCAGACCAAAAGAGGAAUUUAACUAAAUAAUUUAAGGUCAUUGUUAAAUGUCUUGUAGGUAGAGAUUUGAAGAGGAAUUUCAGGUGUAGUUUUGGAUGCAGAGGUGCAUACACACACAGAGGGAGGGAGGGGUUGAGUGUAUUGAAACGGACAGCACAAGCUAAUGUGGAUGGCAAACGACAAGUCUUAAAUAUUUAUUAUUAUCAGGUUUUUGUUUGAGGCCAUUUCGGUGUCUAAAGCCAUUACAAAUGUCUGUUGUCAAUUGCCAUUGUCAUUUUUAUGAUUCAUUUAUUUUUCUACUGACUUUUUUAUUUUGUAUUGAACAUGGCUUUGGUUGGAUAUCACAUUUGAUUUGCCGUUCUGUAAAUGUACUGUUUUCUAAAUAAUUUGAUGACAUGAUAUUGUUUAUAUAAUUUGUUUUCUCCACUUUUCUUGUAUCAACACACUUUAUUUUACUCCAGCCAAGUUUGCUUUACACUAUAACAACAGGUAAUUGGAUGCUUACAAAAAACUUCAGUGAAAACGCUAAAUAGCAAAGCGGUGUAUAUAGCUAGCUGCAUAACAUCUAUCUAUUUAGCCAUAUUACAGUAUUAUAGAAUAUGUACAUGCUCCUUCUGGGUUCCUGUGCCUGCUGGGUGAACGUAGAGCGCCCGAUAUGUCAUGACUCUGUCGCCUUCUCACCGUAAGUGUAACAUCAUGAUUGGUAUGAUAUUGUAACUUUUUUUGUGUGUACUUUUGUGCAGCUUUCUGUAUCUGUCUGUGUCUCUUUCUACCGUGUAUUAAAGUAUGUCGACGAAUGAACAAUCCUUCCCAUAGCCGUUUAUGUCAUAGCAUAACAUGACAUUAUAACAUGUAUCAUGGGGCAGUAUUUAAAUAGCUAUAGCCUAUUAUCAGCUAGGGAGGGUGAGUGCACGCACUCACUUGUUAUCCCUGCCCUCAUCAAUGCAAGUUAACUCUGAUGAUAGGCAAACUUGUAUAUAUGGGUUGCUUUUGACAUCUUAACAUAUAGAAUGUAUACGUUCUAGAGCUGGGUAGAAAUAGUUACAUGCCAAAAACCUAUUUAUUAGAAUCUGACAAGGUAUGGAGGCAUUGGAGCCUUGCAGAGGUAUUGAUUUUGAAGAUGAUAGAUGUGGAGAGCACACUUUUUAAUGUCACUCUGAAUGUAAAUAUAACCCAAAAGAAUGUUUGAUAAAGCCCAAUGAAUUAGUUUGAUAAAGAUAUGCCAUUUGAACUAUGUUUUUCAGUCAAUCUAAAAUGUUGCGAGUAGUUAUUCUUUCUUUUUCGAAGUGAAGGAAUGAAUUCAUUCUUUAUGUACCCAAACAGCAGUGAUUGGCUGUUUCAGAAGACAACAAAUUGAUUGAAUAGUUCAAAGAAGAAAAGACACAAAAAAACACCCCUCUUUGUAUGUGGUAAAUGUUAGCGAGCACUCCUAGAUGAAAACAACUGUAGAAAAAGCAUACCACAUUGAUACCUCCUGUCAUUUAGGAUAGAAUUUGGUUCAUGUCAAAUCAUCACCGUCUAGUAAAACGCAUUGCAGUCCAGUGAGUAUCUGUUGAAUCUUUCUCUGCUGGUGUGAGAUGCAGGGAGGCACAGGGAUAGUUUGGACACACUCUACAUGGAGCACAUGCAACAUUGCUGGCUCUGCAUACCCUACUAAAUCACCAACUGGAGUUCACCCCUAGCCAAACUACAUUUCAGGGGCCUCCUAUAUCCUGUGUAUAGAUGAUCAACUUUCGUUAAACAUUCAACUAAAUAUCAAUUGACAAAGUUGGUAAUUGGUUUCAAGGUUGACUGUCUGUAUGGCUUCUGUAGGGGUCCCUCAAAAUAAAGUGUUGGACCUUUCAGCUAGGGCAUGGUUCGCUUUGGCUUCCUUGUAGAUCUGUGAGGUCUAAAUGAUUUCCCUGUUGCCAGUUGUAUAGACACACUCAGGAUAAUAAUAAAAAAAGAAAUAGUUUUAGAAAUCUAUUUUCAUACAGGAAUAAUAAACGAUUAUGCGAAAAAUGCCAAUAUUCUAUCACGACUUAUCUGCUGCUAAACAACUGUGUUUGUCAGAGUCGAGGCAAAUGUUAGCUUUGAACGGAGCAUGAGCGAAAAAGCCAACAGACACAGAUACUCACUUUACUGCCACUCUGUCCAGCUUUGCUUUUUUGGGGAAUCAGGGGAUUGCUUGGGGGGGGGGGGGGGGGGCAGGUGGUCGCUAGCAUAUAUUUUCUCUGUGAAAUCACGUUCUUUUUUUAUAGUUACAACAUAAAACAAACAAAAAAAGUGAAUAAUUGCAUCUUACAGAAGAGCAACAACAACGGCUUUUAAAAGGGACCCGAACA